AUGUAUUGGAUAUUAAAGGAACGACUGAAAGAAAAGGACAGACUGAUUGAGGAGCUGAGGGACAUAGAACCUAUUACUGUAGGACAGGAACUGGAUAAGAUGGUGUAUACAUUCAAUGAUAAUGAUGAUGGCCGUGACUUUCAAAUAACCCUAGUUCAGAAUAUACUUCAUGAGGAAUCGGCACAGGAACAUCUUGAGAAUAUUCCUGGCGUGGAAUGUCCAGAGCUUCCAGUGAUAUCUUACAAAGGAAGAGCAUCAAGAAGGGGUAGAAAGACUCUUCAAUCAAGUUCAAAUAUGAGAAGCUUGAAGAAAACAGCACCUGAAAAGGCAUCAAGGAUUGCAGAAAGUGAGGAAAUGGCUGAGUCCUACUUGCAAAAAAGGAGACACAUGAAUAAUGAGAUACCCCCCUGCAAAUUCAAGGUUGGAAUGAUUGUGGAGGCUUUAGAGGAUGACGGCUUUUGGUAUAAAGCCAAAGUAUUGUCACUACAGAAGGAAAGAGUUAAAAUACAUUGGACUGGUUACAACUUGGAUGAGUGGCUUUCAACAAAGAAGGUCAGGUUUGAGUUGAAGACUGGUGACAAGGUUGAGGCUCCAUGGUUGGUGCACAGAGCAGCUCGAUACCCUGGCCAUGUUGAGCGUGUUGAUGGAGAAUAUGUUCUAAUUGAAUUUAGCGACAUGACAAAGAAAAGAAUUCAUUUCAAGUAUAUUGAGAAGAAAACGAACCAUCUCUGAAACCAAACUGGACUUUCAAGACAACCGGACACUGAGAUAAGCCA